GCAAGUUUUUGAGUUUGUGUUGAAAGGAAAAGAUAAUUUUCUUUUGAAACAAUUAUUUACAUAUAAACAUACAUAUUUAAAUAAAAAUUAAGAAUGUUCGCCAAAAAUCAUUCGUUAAAAAACAUUUGUAUCAAUGCGCUACAAUAUUCAAAACGGGAUAUUUGCAUAACAUCAAAAUUAUCAGAAUCAGAAUCAUGGUUAAGUAAAUUCCGAAAAAUUGAACCAACAAGCGAAUCGCAUAGUCGGAUGCUUAGUGAUAAAGAAACGAUUUAUUCGCUGUACACUCACAAUGUUAAAGCUAAUUCGAUGUCAAAAUAUUUAACGAACUACAAAACUAUUGUGGAUUUAAUUACCUCAAACGAAAACUUACAAAGUAACCUCAUAGGAUCUUGGACUGUGCAAGUUGGUGACAUGGAUCAGUGUCUUCAUUUGUGGAAGCAUACAGGAGGCUUUGAAAAAAUUGACCAGUUAACCAAUUUUCAGAGUGAAAGUAAAGAUUAUGAACGUUUAAUGACGGAAGUUGGAAACAAUUUAAGAUCUCGACAUUUGCAAUACUUAUUAGCUUUCAGUUAUUGGCCACAAAUUGAUUUUAGAAAUGGAAAUAAUAUUUAUGAAAUUCGUUCCUAUCGUCUUAAACCAGGCACAAUGAUUGAAUGGGGUAAUAACUGGGCAAGAGCAAUUAAUUUUAGAAAAAACAAUGAAGAAGCUUUUGCCGGAUUCUUUUCACAAAUUGGCAGACUGUACAACGUUCACCAUAUUUGGUGUUACAAAAAUUUACAGUCCCGUAAAGAAACACGUGAAUCUGCAUGGAGAUCACCCGGUUGGGAUCAAUGUGUUGCAUAUACUGUACCAUUGAUUAGAGAAAUGCAUUGUCGUAUAUUGAAGCCUACUGAAUUUUCGCCAACUCAAUAAUUACAGAAAGAAUUUUAUAUACAUACUUAUAAUUGAAAAGCUUCUCGAUAUAUAAAUAUUAUAUUAUUAUAUAUACAAAAAUGAAGUGCAUUAUUUGAAAGUGAAAAUAUAUUUAAAAUUUUCUACAUGUCAAAUUGGAAUUUAUUUAAUAUAUAAGUGUAAUGUAUUUUGAAUUUAUCGUUUGUAUAUUAUUCUAUAUCGUUAUUAUUCUUCUUUUUUACUUAACGUAGAAAUCUAAAUUACAAUUAUAAAAAAAUAUAAUACCAAUGUAUAUUGUUUGCCAUUUAUCCUGUAUAAAU